CUCUCCGAGCCUGCGCCUACCUGCCAGGCGCGGCCUCCCGCUGUCUUUCCCGCCGCGCGGCGCCUCCUCCAGGCCCCAGCACGCUGUGCCAACCCCGUGGCCACCGCUGCCCCUGCCGGGACCGAGAUUUUAUCCUGAUGGCUGACUCUAAACCACUCCUCUCCCUUGAUGGGGACCCUGUGGCUGCAGAAGCCUUGCUCCGGGAUGUGUUUGGUAUUAUUAUGGAUGAGGUCAUUCGGAAAGGGACCAGUGCCUCUGAGAAGGUCUGUGAGUGGAAGGAGCCGGAGGAGCUGAAGCAGCUGCUGGAUUUGGAGCUGCGGAGCCAGGGGGAGUCACAGGAGCAGAUUCUGGAGCGGUGCCGGGCUGUGAUCUGCUACAGCGUGAAGACCUGUCACCCUCACUUCUUCAACCAGCUCUUCUCAGGGCUGGAUCCCCAUGCUCUGGCUGGGCGCAUUGUCACCGAGAGCCUCAACACCAGCCAGUACACUUAUGAAAUUGCCCCCGUGUUCGUACUCAUGGAAGAAGAGGUGCUGAAGAAACUCCGGGCCUUGGUGGGCUGGGGCUCUGGGGAUGGAGUCUUCUGCCCUGGUGGUUCCAUCUCCAACAUGUAUGCUGUGAACUUGGCCCGCUAUCAGCGCUACCCAGAUUGCAAGCAAAGAGGCCUCUGGGCACUGCCGCCUCUGGCCCUCUUCACAUCAAAGGAGAGUCAUUACUCCAUCAAGAAGGCAGCUGCUUUUCUGGGACUUGGCACCGACAGUGUCCGAGUAGUCAAGGCAGAUGAGAGAGGGAAAAUGAUCCCUGACGAUCUGGAGAGGCAGAUCCAUAUGGCUGAGGCAGAGGGCACCGUGCCAUUCAUGGUCAGUGCCACAUCUGGCACUACUGUGCUGGGUGCCUUUGACCCCCUGGAGGCAAUUGCUGAUGUGUGCCAGCGUCAUGGACUGUGGCUGCAUGUGGAUGCUGCCUGGGGUGGGAGCGUCCUGCUGUCACAGACACAUAGACAUCUGCUGGAUGGCAUCCAAAGGGCUGACUCUGUGGCCUGGAAUCCUCACAAGCUCCUCGCAGCAGGCCUGCAGUGCUCAGCACUUCUCCUCCAGGACACCUCGAACCUCCUCAAGCACUGCCAUGGAUCCCAGGCCAGCUACCUCUUCCAGCAAGACAAGUUCUAUGACGUAGCUCUGGACACAGGAGACAAGGUGGUGCAGUGUGGCCGCCGUGUGGACUGUCUGAAGCUGUGGCUCAUGUGGAAGGCACAGGGCGGGCAAGGGCUGGAGCGGCGUGUCGACCAGGCCUUUGCCCUUGCCCGGUACCUGGUGGAGGAAAUGAAGAAGCGGGAAGGAUUUGAAUUGGUCAUGGAGCCUGAGUUCCUCAACGUGUGUUUCUGGUUCGUGCCCCCCAGCCUGCGGGGGAAGCAGGAGAGUCCGUAUUACAGUGAAAGGCUGGCUGAGGUGGCCCCAGUACUCAAGGAGCGCAUGGUGAAGGAGGGCUCCAUGAUGAUUGGCUACCAGCCCCACGGGACCCGGGGCAACUUUUUCCGCAUGGUCGUGGCCAACCCUGCGCUGACCCAGGCUGAUAUGGACUUUCUCCUCAAUGAGCUGGAAAGGCUGGGCCAGGAUCUCUGACCCCCCUCUUUCUGGCUGCUGACCUUGACACCCCACCUCACCCUCACUGUCUCCAUGUACCCUCCCUGUGAUGGCAAGAACAGCUCUUCUAGGAAACAAAGUGUUCUUAACAAUGUUUAUAUGCUUUAACCCACUAAUUCUCCUUUUAAAUAUUUGAUAAUUAGAAGAAUGUUUGAACUAUAGUAAAGCUAUAUGAUAGAAUGUUUUUCUGUCAUUAAAAUUAUAUUUACAAAGGAUUUUUAUUGAUAUGAGAAAAAAUCAGUAAGACUUCACAUAUAGUUAUAUCUGAGCUAUGUUUAAAAAUACAUAGGCAAAGACUGAUGAAAUGAAAUAUGCUGAAAUGUUAAUAGCUUUUCCCAGGAUGGGAUUAUAUUUAACAAUUUAAAAAUUAGCUUCUUUAUACCUUUUGGGCUUCCCCCUUUUAUUAUAUGAUGGGUAUGUAUUACAUUUGUAGUAGGAAAAUUAAAAAACUGAAAAUUCUACUAUA